UUUGAUCUCCCAAAUCCGGAUCCCCGCAAGCCUGAUCCCUUCCAAGCCUUAUCCCCCCCAAACCUGAUUCCCCUUCGAGCUUGAUCCCUCAAGCCUGAUCCCCAAAACUUGAUCCCGCUAACUUGUUCUAUCAAGGCCUGAUUGUCCAGAUUGCCCCUUUCGAUCUGGACACCCAAAGCUUGACAGCCCCAGCAUGAACCUCUCCAAAUGACCCUACUAGCCUUACUUCUCGAAGACUGAUCAACCCCAGCUUGAUUCUCCCGAAACCUGAUCCCUCAGCCCUUAUCCCUCAGCCCUUAUCCUUUGCCUCAGUUUCCACGUUGUCCCAUGCCAAGCUUGAUACGCUCCCAGACUCUAGUCAUAUCCUCUGUCUCACCCCUUUUCUUUCACUGAUUAGCUUGAGCCCCCUCGGUCCUCAGCCUCAGCUUCCGCCUUCAGUCCCCCGCAUCUUCAGCCUCAUCCUCAGGGUCCAGGCCUCAGGCCCGCCCAUACCCUUCCCCGUCCACGCGAUAGCCCAGCCUUCCAUCCCAGUGGUCCUCUCGCUGCCUCCCACCAGGCUCCCUUGGGAGCCCCCUGGGCAAUCACCAACGUGCUUUCGAGGAGCUGGGACUGGUGCCCAGGAGGUGUGGACCACAGUCACCACUUCCCGGCUGGGUCCCGGGGAGACCGGGCGCUGAGGGACACGUCUCUUCCAAGUGAAACCCAGGGCAUGCUGGCAGCCCCGAGGGGCUGGGAGGCUCAGUUAGAGUCUAGCCAGGUAGAUAGGGUUAGGCCGCACAGGCGGAGACUCCCGCCCGCAUGGAAAGUCCGUGCCCCUCGCCUGCAGCUGCCAUGGAAGCUCCUCGGACCCUUUAGAAGCUUCUCGCUGCCGGCACAGGAGCCGCAGAGGAUGUCCAGCGGGGUCUCCCCAGCUGAGCAGGUGGCGGCCGGUGACAUGGAUGACACGGCAGCGCGCUUCUGUGUGCAGAAGCACUCGUGGGACGGGCUGCGCAGCAUCAUCCAUGGUAGCCGCAAGUCGUCGGGCCUCAUCAUCAGCAAGGCCCCCCACGACUUCCAAUUCGUACAGAAGCCGGACGAGUCUGGCCCCCACUCUCACCGUCUCUAUUACCUGGGAAUGCCCUAUGGCAGCCGUGAGAACUCCCUUCUGUACUCUGAGAUCCCCAAGAAGGUUCGGAAGGAGGCCCUGCUGCUGCUGUCCUGGAAGCAGAUGCUGGACCACUUCCAGGCCACACCCCACCAUGGUGUCUACUCAAGGGAGGAGGAGCUGCUACGGGAGCGCAAGCGCCUGGGCGUCUUCGGCAUCACCUCUUACGACUUCCACAGCGAGAGCGGCCUCUUCCUUUUCCAGGCCAGCAACAGCCUGUUCCACUGCAGGGAUGGCGGCAAAAACGGCUUCAUGGUGUCCCCCAUGAAACCACUGGAGAUCAAGACCCAGUGCUCUGGGCCGCGCAUGGACCCCAAGAUCUGCCCUGCGGACCCUGCUUUCUUCUCCUUCAUCAACAACAGUGACCUGUGGGUAGCAAACAUCGAGACUGGGGAGGAACGGCGGCUCACCUUCUGUCACCAGGGUUCAGCCAGUGUCUUGGACGAUCCUAAGUCUGCAGGUGUGGCUACCUUUGUCAUCCAAGAGGAGUUUGACCGCUUCACCGGGUGCUGGUGGUGCCCUACGGCCUCUUGGGAAGGCUCUGAAGGCCUCAAGACACUGCGCAUCCUGUAUGAGGAAGUGGACGAGUCUGAGGUGGAGGUCAUUCACGUGCCCUCGCCUGCGCUGGAAGAGAGGAAGACGGAUUCCUACCGCUACCCCAGAACAGGCAGCAAGAAUCCCAAGAUUGCACUGAAGCUGGCUGAGCUCCAGGCAGACAGUCAGGGCAAGAUCGUGUCAAGCUGCGAGAAGGAACUGGUGCAGCCGUUCAGCUCCCUCUUCCCCAAGGUGGAGUACAUCGCCCGGGCUGGCUGGACACGGGAUGGCAGAUAUGCCUGGGCCAUGUUCUUGGACCGUCCCCAGCAGAGGCUGCAGCUUGUCCUCUUACCCCCCGCCCUCUUCAUCCGUUCCCCCGAGAACGAGGCCCAGCGGCAGGCAGCUGCCAGAGCCGUCCCCAAGAACGUGCAGCCCUUUGUCAUUUACGAAGAAGUCACCAAUGUCUGGAUCAAUGUCCACGAUAUCUUCCACCCGUUCCCGCAGGCAGAAGGCCAGCAGGAGUUUUGCUUCAUCCGUGCCAACGAGUGCAAGACUGGCUUCUGCCACCUGUACAAGGUCACCGUGGAGCUUAAAACCAGUGACUAUGAUUGGACAGAGCCUCUCAGCCCCACAGCAGAUGAAUUUAAGUGUCCCAUCAAGGAAGAAGUCGCCCUGACCAGUGGCGAGUGGGAGGUGUUGUCGAGGCAUGGCUCCAAGAUCUGGGUCAACGAGCAGACAAAGCUGGUGUACUUUCAAGGUACAAAGGACACGCCCCUGGAGCAUCAUCUCUACGUGGUCAGCUAUGAAUCUGCAGGGGAGAUCGUGCGGCUCACUACGCUUGGCUUCUCGCACAGCUGCUCCAUGAGUCAGAACUUCGACAUGUUCGUGAGUCACUACAGCAGCGUGAGCACGCCGCCCUGCGUGCACGUGUACAAGCUGAGCGGUCCGGAUGAUGACCCGCUCCACAAGCAACCACGGUUCUGGGCCAGCAUGAUGGAGGCGGCCAGUUGCCCCCCGGACUACGUGCCCCCGGAGAUCUUCCACUUCCACACCCGUGCGGAUGUGCAGCUGUACGGCAUGAUCUACAAGCCGCACACCCUGCAGCCCGGCAGGAAGCACCCCACUGUGCUCUUUGUCUAUGGGGGCCCACAGGUGCAACUGGUAAAUAACUCCUUCAAGGGCAUCAAGUACCUGCGGCUAAACACACUGGCAUCCCUGGGCUACGCUGUGGUGGUGAUUGACGGCCGGGGCUCCUGUCAAAGGGGCCUGCGCUUUGAGGGUGCCCUGAAAAACCAGAUGGGCCAGGUGGAGAUAGAGGACCAAGUAGAAGGCUUGCAGUACGUGGCCGAGAAGUACGGUUUCAUCGACCUGAGCCGCGUCGCCAUCCACGGCUGGUCCUAUGGUGGCUUCCUCUCGCUGAUGGGGCUCAUCCAUAAGCCACAGGUCUUCAAGGUAGCCAUUGCGGGUGCUCCUGUCACUGUGUGGAUGGCCUAUGACACAGGGUACACGGAGCGGUACAUGGAUGUCCCCGAAAACAAUCAGCAAGGCUACGAGGCAGGGUCUGUGGCCCUACACGUGGAAAAGCUGCCUAACGAGCCUAACCGCCUCCUCAUCCUCCAUGGCUUCCUGGAUGAGAAUGUCCACUUUUUCCAUACAAACUUCCUGGUGUCCCAGCUGAUCCGGGCAGGGAAGCCAUACCAGCUCCAGAUCUACCCCAACGAGAGACACAGCAUUCGCUGCCCCGAGUCUGGAGAGCACUAUGAGGUGACAUUGCUGCACUUCCUGCAGGAGCACCUGUGACCUCUGCCCUCUGCCCUGACGCCACCGCUGCUUUUCUUGCAUUUUUUGUAAUCUUUUAAUUUUUGAAGCUUUCAAUUUGUUUGCUUGCUGCUGCUUGGAGGCCAGGACAGAGGCGGUGGCAGCCCCCAUGCUGCCUUCCUCGGGCUGGUGAGGAGGAAGCCGCCAACAUGCCAUCGUUUUACACAGCCGCACAGGGCUGCCACAGUCCGAACUCGCAGCACCAUCCCAGCGCAGAAGCAUGUGCCGCCUGCUGCCCCCCCCUGCAGAGUCGUGUGUGUUUGGGGAGCAUUUUAAAUAAUUAUUUAAAAGACAGGACAUAAGCGGUACCGAGAUAUAAAAUUGGAGGUACGGCACUGGGCGGCUGGGGACCCCAUGCCUUCCUGACGCCCAGACUCUGUGGAGCUGCCAAGCCCGUAUCCAGGCGCCCUCUGCCCUGCCUGCCCCCUGCCCACCAGAGUUUGGGCAUAAAGAAGUAAAAAGGAAAAAAAAAAAAAAAAAAUACAAAACAACAAACCAGAAACCACCUCUACAUAUUAUGGAAAGAAAAUAUUUUUGUCAAUUCUUAUUCUUUUAUAAUUAUGUGGUAUGUAGACUCAUUAAAAGAUUCCAGACGGAAAUGA